AAUCAGUUGAAAUCAAUUUAGAACAGUCAUAUAUAUAUAUAUAUAGAGAGAGAGAGAGCUCCUUCUUCUUCCCAGUCUCACAAACAAGAAUUCAUAAUAUCACUAAAAGAGCAGAAAAAUGUUGACGGGAAAGAGACUCUUUUUUGCGAUUUCAAGAAUCUUGAUUCUCCUCCUUUCCCUUACAGUUAAUUCCAAAGCCCAGAACAAUAAUCCCACUUCAUCCUGCCCUACUUCAUCUUGUGGGAAUAUCAGCGUAAGCUUCCCCUUCAGGCUGAAAACCGACCCCAAAUCCUGUGGGUACAACCACCCCAGCUUUGAGAUAGAUUGCCAGAACAAUCGGGCCAUAAUGACUGUAAGAUCAAGAAAGUUCUAUGUCCAAGAUAUCAAUUAUGAGUACUUCUCAAUGAGGCUAGUUGAUCCAGGCAUAAACAGGGGGAAUCUCUCUUCUUGCCCUGCUUUUUCCAAUGGCUAUGAUGACUGGCCCACUUCCAUUUUUGAUGGGAUCUUGGAUAACAUACCUGUGGUGUUUGUCCACUGUUUGGCUCCUGUCAGUUCUUUGAAGUAUGUGGAAGCUGGUUUUUGUGGCAACAGGAGCAGCAUUUUUCCCAAUUCUUCAGAAGUUCAUAGUUAUGUUAUGAUUGGUGAUCGUGUUAUGAUAUCGGAUUUGGAGGAUUCCUGUACAGUUGACAUGGUGGCCCGGGCAUCGCCCCGAGGGCCUACGAGAGAUAACUCUUCUUUGGCAAGCAUUUAUGAUGGAUUGGCUUACGGGUUCGAGCUUUCUUGGUUUCGUGUUCUUUGUGCAGAAUGUGAGAGGACUUAUGGAUAUUGCAGCUUGGAGGGGAAUACUAUCAGUUGCAAGCAUUAUUGCAGGGAGGAUACUCCUCUUUCAAAACUUGGCUUUAAGUGUCAAUUUGAGUUCUGGGGAUUAAUUAUCGGUGUAUGGGGCGGUAUUGCAGUUGGUGGGCUUUUAGCUCUGAGAUUCAUCAUUGGAUUCCCGUUCCUCAUCGGGCUAGUGGUGUAUAAAUGGAGAAGGCGGCAUUUAUCGAUGGAUGAAAGCAUCGAAGAAUUUUUACAAGGUCAGAACAACCUCACGCCGAUAAAGUACACCUACUCUGAGAUCAAGAAAAUGACCAACAAUUUCAACCAGAGGUUGGGUGAGGGGGCCUACGGAACCGUCUAUAAAGGAAAGCUUAGAAGUGGCCCUUUCGUUGCAGUGAAAAUGAUGGGACAAUCAAUGGCUACUGAGCAAGAAUUCAUCAGUGAAGUUGGCACGAUUGGCCGGAUUCACCAUGUCAAUGUAGUUCAGCUCAUCGGCUUCUGCGUGGAAGGUUCAAAGUGUGCUUUAGUAUAUGAAUAUCUGCCUAAUGGUUCCCUAGACAGAUACAUUUUCAACCAACUAGGUAUAGAGGCCCUAGCCUUGAGGUACGAGAAAAUGUUCGAUAUUGCCCUUGGAGUGGCUCGUGGAAUCGACUACCUGCACCGUGGUUGUGACAUGCAAAUCCUGCAUUUCGACAUCAAGCCUCAUAACAUCUUGCUCGAUGAGAAUUUCAACCCGAAAAUCUCCGACUUUGGGCUGGCAAAACUGUACCCGACCGACGGCAGUGUUGUAAACCUGACGGCUGCAAGAGGAACGAUGGGCUACAUGGCACCAGAGAUGUUCUACAAGAACAUUGGUGGAGUCUCCUACAAGGCUGAUGUUUAUAGUUUUGGAAUGUUGUUAAUGGAAAUGGCGGGUAGACGGAAAAAUAUGAACCCCUUCACUGAAGACAUUGGCCAAAUUUACUUUCCAUUGUGGGCGUAUGACCAGCUUUAUGCUGGAAAGGAGAUAGAGAUAAAGGAUGCAACAGAAGAAGAGAGGAAGCUGGUGAAGAAGAUCAUCAUAGUGGCCUUGUGGUGCAUACAGAUGAAGCCGUCUGAUCGGCCUCCGAUGAACAAAGUAGUCGAGAUGCUCGAGGAUGACUCUGAACUGCCGAUGCCUCCAAAGCCUUUCAUGGCGCCACGUGAGAUGGCAAACGAUCAUGAAAUGACUAGAACUCCCAAUUAACCUUUAUUAUUUUGUCAUAUUGUAUAGACUAUACAGUUAGAUUCUUUUUCUUUUGCCUGCUAAGUAAAUAUUAUGCUGUUUGUCCUUCGACACAACGUAGAAAGUGUAAAUCGAUAAUUGUUCACUA